AUCUCUUGGGACAAAAAUAAACAACAACAAUAUUUUUAAUGGCGACUUAUUGAAGAGCAUAUUUGUCCAUGUUUUGCCUCGCAUGUCUUAAUUUGCUGCCUGUCUGGUUGGUUUUCAUCUGACAGCUGGCAGGCUGGUGGUCUGGUUGUCAGGGUGCAUCUCCAUGGAUACACUGUCCCAAAGGAAGAGGACCUCACCUGGAUGCACCCGCAGAGGGAGGUAAAAGUGGAAGAAGGAACAGACUGGAAGACGUAUCACAAAGAAAGAUACAGGAAAGUCUGAGGUGGAAUUAAGGAGAAGGUGAGUUGUGCUUUUAUCAUUAAUUUCUAUAACUUGAUUUCAGUACUUAUCUUACAAUACACAAAACAAGUUCGAUACCAUAGUGAAAAUAUGCUUCCACUUAUUGCUGAACAAAGUUCUUUCAGAAGGAGGUUCUUUCAGGGAUUUCAGCUUCCCAUUUUAAAUCUUUUAAGUAAAGCAUUUUGAGGACGUUUGAUCACACAAAGAUAGAUUUUGUUUUAAAUCAUUUGUUGCUACGCCAAUGUUGCUAAAUUUUCAUCUCUCUGAAAUCCAUGGGUACCUCAAAUAUUGUCAUUUGCCAUGCAUUUCAAAUUUUAUUGUAAAUGUACAGAAAAGAUGCAUGCAUUUUCCAUGUAUUUAUUUAUUUUGCAUUAGUUUAAUUUCUAGAAACAUUUACAUUUAUUUUCAGACUGCCUAUUAUAGACACAUUCUCAAUUAAUAUCCAAAUCAUUUAUUACUGAGCCUAUCCAUGGAAGAUGAAACAUUUAAAGGUGCACUGUGCCUUUAAUGUUCUACCAUGUAACCUGACUGUCUCCAUGGAGAUGACCAGGGGUUUUUUCUCAGGGUAUUUUUGUACCUGCAAGAAAUAAAUGCAACAUAUAAAUUUAAUGCAGUAUAGGACAGUCCAGGCAAAAUAAUAUCAUCUCCAUGGAGAUAAUCAAGUGGCUGACCUCCCACCAAAACAUAAGCCUAUAUCUAUAGAAUUCUGAAAAGUCCUCAAAAUGUCAGGGCACUGAAACCCAUGAAUAGCUUUAUUUACAGCUAAAGUGUAACCAGUGCUAUUUCCUGGUCCACUUCUUUGUCCUUGUCUAUUUUUGUCUCAGGAUGGGGUUUGAUCUGGAGAGGUUUGUGGGCUAUGUGAAUGAAGGACUUCUGUGUUGUGUUUGUCGAGACGUGUUGGAGCGCCCUCUUCAGGCUCCUUGUGAACAUGCCUUCUGCAGCGCGUGCAUCAGCGGCUGGUUGGUUCAUCACAACUCCUGCCCUGAAGACAGACUGCCACUGGAUUUAGGCAGCCUCAAACCACUGUACAGGUACAUGCGUAAUGACCUAAAUCGCCUUCAGAUCCGCUGUGUGAAUGCGGGGCAGGGCUGUGAAGUGGUCUGCCCUCUGGAGAACCUCCACACUCACCAGGACGAGUGUGAGUUUGCAUUUAUAUCCUGCUCCAACACAGGUUGUCCUGUGCAGGUGGAAAGGCGGGGCUUGGAGGCUCACCUGUCCGAGUGCAGUUUUCGCAGCAGGUCUUGUCCCAACGGCUGUGGCCACACGCUGCAGUCCAUAGACCAGGCCCAGCACAACUGUGUGGCAGAGUUACGCACUGAAGUGGAAAUGCUCAGAGCCGAGAUGUUGUGCAAAGUAGAGGAGGUAAGACGUGAAAUGGAGUCUCGUCUGGAUUCUCAAAGGAGGCACAUGGUUCAGAAAGAGUCACAGCUCAAGAGCGAAGUGGAGGAGCUCAAGGGCCAGUUGUCCCGUGUGAUGUGUGAUGUUCGCGCUCUGUUGGGAGCAGAGCGUCUGAGGAGGCAGGAGCUGGCAGAGGCCGAGCUCGAGAAAAGGGAACUCCUGGAACUGCUCCGAGACCUGCCCCAAAGAGCUCACUCGCCCACUGAUGGAGCAGCCAAGGACCAAAGGGACCCCCGCCCGGAGCAUGCCCAGUCUUCUGAAUGGGCUCUGCUGACAGAGUCCCCUCGACACCAGCAGAGGGAGAGCCCGGUGCACUCCUCCACUCUGUCUCUUCACUCAGCCCAAACCCUCAAUGCACCCGGGCCCCCUCCGUCACCGCAGCUCACAGCCCACAGGGGGAGCACUCGCAGCCUCACUCUGGACUGCAUCAAGAAGAAGAGCCGUGAGGUCACGGUUAUCUGAGGGCACCUGAUCCUCCAUCGGUCAAAUGUUUAUUUUUAUAAUUUCUGUUACAUUCUGUAGGACACAGGGACAUGGUCGCGGAAUACAUUCUGGACACUUUUUGUCGUCCUCGGUGAUGUGAGAUUUAUUACUGUUAAAUGUCUUUUCCAUAUCUUACCCCUAUACAACCGUUGUGAUGAUGUCACAACAGUAGUGGCUACUUCAGCGUCCAAUAGAAUUCCAUCCUCAGUCUCUAUAAUGGCAUUUUGGCAGAUUUGAACCUAUGCCAUGGCUUUGUACAGUUUUUCCUCAAGCCGGUUUUCCUCAAGAGAAUUUUCAGAUAGAUAAAUUAUACAAUCAUUUUAUUAUUACAACUCUAGGCUUAAAAAAUGUUAAAACAAUCCGCUUUAAUAGAUGAAUAGGUACACCACCCACUACCUAUUUGUACCACACAACUGUGAUGAUGUCAUACCAAGCAGUCCCAUUUCAUGCUGCUUACUCUCUUCUGCACCUGAGCCUAUAGGCCAAAAUUUAUUUAUUUUUUAGUUUUUUUAAGUAGAAGAGCUAAACAAUUGUGUGUGUGUUUGUUUUGUCUGAUAAAGGAAGAAAAUUCUCUCCGUUUUGCCGUUUUUCAACAAAAAAUACAUCCCAUUGAACA